GAUGUCGCUUAGUCUGUUGCCGGCGCUUUAACCGCAAAGUAAGCGCAAAAGCGUGAAGUUGGCCGUUGGCAAAACUAAUAUCCAUUUCAAAAGCUGCUUUGUUCUGAUGCGCCGCGUGUUAUCUAUCAUUUAAGUGGAAUAUAUAUAUAAUCAUAUCCAGUGUGUACGAUAAGGAUAACGAACUGACGAGCGAAUAGUGCGACAAUCCGUCUAUAUUUUUCGACAAUUUGUGUGUCUUAAUUGUGCGGUGUGCAGUGUCGUGCCACAAUAAAAAACAAUUCCUACAUAAACCAAAAGAAAGUUGGCAAUAUGUCGGUCAGACUGAACGAGACACAAACCAUUGUUGACAAGAUGGUCAACUUUUUUGUGGAGCACGAGGAUUUGCGCACAAAGAGCUGGUUCCUCUCAAAUGCACCCGGACCGCUCUUCAUGAUACUGGGCGCCUAUCUGUAUUUUUGCCUCUAUGCCGGACCACGCUAUAUGCGAGAUCGCAAGCCGUUUGAGCUGAAGAACACGCUGCUUGUCUACAAUGCGGUACAAGUGCUGCUCAGCUGGGUGCUUUUCUACGAGGGAUACAAGGGCGGCUGGGGUGGACACUACAACUUCAAGUGCCAACCGGUGACUUAUGCCACGGAUCCCAUUUCAAUGAGGAUGGCGGGAGCCGUUUGGCUUUACUACAUUGCCAAGAUUAGUGAGCUGCUGGACACGGUGUUCUUUGUGCUGCGCAAGAAGGAGCGUCAGAUUUCGUUUUUGCAUCUAUAUCAUCAUACUCUGAUGCCAGUGUGCGCCUUCAUUGGAGUCAAGUACUUUGCAGGUGGUCAUGGUACUCUGCUGGGCUUCAUCAACUCCUUUAUCCACAUCAUCAUGUAUGCUUACUAUCUGCUGUCUGCGAUGGGUCCGAAAGUGCAGAAGUACUUGUGGUGGAAGAAGUACAUUACAAUUCUGCAGAUUGUCCAAUUCCUCAUCAUCUUUGUGCACACGCUGCAGAUUCAGUUCCAGCCUAACUGCAAUUUCCCCAAAUCGAUUGCAGCACUGCUGACCUUUAAUGCCGGUCUGUUCACCUACAUGUUCAGUGCCUUCUAUGUGGCCAACUACAAGAAGGAGGCCAAGCAGGCGGCUCAAGCCAAGCAGGCAGCACAGGCCAAGCUAGCAGUAAAGCAGGAGUAAAGGGUUUUGGCCGAUAUAUAAUUGCAUUAAGAUCGGUUAUGAUGCGAAAACAAAAGUCUUUAGUUAGGUUUAUCAACUGUACACGUCUACUGUGAAGAUACCCUUUCAACAAGGGUGUAUCACAUACACAACACACACACAAACACCCUUUUAGGUAGAUAUAGAUCAAGUUGGGUAUAUGUACAUUGGAUAUUACAUUUUCUAGUUUCUAAGUUCGUUUUGUAGUGUUUUUAGUCAAGAAUGAGAAAAGUGGCUAUUUGAACAGUCGCCAUUGCGCAGUGAUCAUUGCACUUGCUGUAUUGGGAAAGUAUAAUAGAACCAAAUAUAUUAGAUUAAUAGAUUAGUUCAACAAUAUGUAUGUAGUUUUAAUUUUAUUGUUUGUAAUGCAAUAAAACUAUAAGACAUACCACACAUGAAAAUAAUAAAUAAAAAUUGUCAUAA